GCGCCUCACGGAGACGCAGGGUCCGUUUCGCAGCUCCCGAGGGGCUCGGCUGGGCUUCGCGUUCUGGCCGCACCGUGGCCGGCCGGAGGCCACCUGCAAGCCCGGCCGCCCGAGAUAUUUCAGUCAAAGGAAGAACUAGCUCUUCUCCUAAGAUGGAAUCUGUUGUUUGGGAAUGUGGCUGAUCAACUUCAUAUGUUGGCCAAAUAUGCCCUAUGUAAUAAAAUGAACAGAAGAGACACGAUGAUGUCAUUUUCCCGUGUUGUGAAACCAAAAACAAAUGCCUUUUGUGAGACCAAGCUAACGAACCUCUGACAGUGCAGAGUAUCGAACUGUUUGAAGAACUUAACAGUAAAAUAGAGAGGACACCUUUCCAGCUGAGACCUGCAGGGGUCUGAAGAUCUAAAGUACGUAUUGAACCUGAUUACCGCCGCUCUCCCAGACCCAGGAAGGAUGGCUAUGAAUUGGAUUGUCUUUUAUUUUUGGCCCUUGACUAUGUUUGUGGAGCAUAUCGGUGGGCACAGUUUGUUUUCUUGUGAACCUAUUACCUUGAGGAUGUGCCAAGAUCUGCCUUAUAAUACUACCUUCAUGCCUAAUCUUCUGAAUCAUUAUGACCAACAGACAGCAGCUUUAGCAAUGGAGCCAUUCCACCCUAUGGUGAAUCUGGAUUGUUCUCGGGAUUUCCGGCCAUUUCUUUGCGCACUCUAUGCUCCGAUCUGUAUGGAGUAUGGGCGCGUCACCCUUCCCUGCCGUCGGCUGUGUCAGCGGGCGUACAGCGAGUGCUCCAAGCUGAUGGAGAUGUUUGGCGUUCCAUGGCCUGAGGAUAUGGAGUGCAGUAGGUUCCCAGAUUGUGAUGAGCCGUAUCCUCGACUCGUGGAUCUGAAUUUAGCUGGAGACCCUACAGAAGGGGCCCCAGUGGCAGUGCAAAGGGACUAUGGUUUUUGGUGUCCCCGAGAGUUGAAAAUUGAUCCUGAUCUUGGUUAUUCUUUUUUGCACGUGCGUGAUUGUUCGCCUCCUUGUCCGAAUAUGUACUUCAGGAGAGAAGAACUUUCAUUUGCUCGCUAUUUCAUAGGAUUGAUUUCAAUCAUUUGCCUUUCUGCCACCUUGUUUACUUUUCUGACUUUUUUGAUUGAUGUCACAAGAUUCCGUUAUCCAGAAAGACCAAUUAUAUUUUAUGCCGUCUGCUACAUGAUGGUUUCGUUGAUUUUCUUCAUUGGGUUUUUGCUUGAGGACCGAGUAGCCUGCAAUGCAUCUAGCCCUGCACAAUAUAAAGCUUCCACAGUGACACAAGGAUCUCAUAAUAAAGCCUGUACCAUGCUUUUUAUGGUACUCUAUUUUUUUACUAUGGCUGGCAGUGUUUGGUGGGUCAUUCUUACCAUCACCUGGUUCUUGGCAGCUGUGCCAAAGUGGGGCAGUGAAGCAAUUGAGAAGAAAGCCUUGCUGUUUCACGCCAGUGCAUGGGGCAUCCCUGGAACUCUAACUAUCAUCCUUUUAGCGAUGAAUAAAAUUGAAGGUGACAAUAUCAGUGGCGUGUGUUUUGUUGGCCUCUACGAUGUUGAUGCAUUGAGAUAUUUUGUUCUUGCCCCCCUCUGCCUCUAUGUGGUAGUUGGGGUCUCUCUCCUCUUAGCCGGCAUUAUAUCCCUAAACAGAGUUCGAAUUGAAAUUCCAUUAGAAAAGGAGAACCAAGAUAAAUUGGUGAAGUUUAUGAUCCGAAUCGGUGUUUUCAGCAUUCUUUAUCUCGUACCACUCUUGGUUGUAAUCGGAUGCUACUUUUAUGAGCAAGCUUACCGUGGCAUCUGGGAGACAACAUGGAUACAGGAACGCUGCAGAGAAUAUCACAUUCCAUGUCCAUAUCAGGUUACUCAAAUGAGUCGGCCGGACCUGAUUCUCUUCCUGAUGAAAUACUUGAUGGCUCUCAUAGUGGGAAUCCCCUCUAUUUUUUGGGUUGGAAGUAAAAAGACUUGCUUUGAAUGGGCCAGUUUUUUUCACGGUCGUAGGAAAAAAGAGAUAGUGAACGAGAGCCGACAGGUGCUUCAGGAGCCUGACUUUGCUCAGUCCCUCCUGCGGGACCCAAAUACUCCUAUCAUAAGAAAAUCCAGAGGAACUUCCACCCAAGGGACAUCCACGCAUGCCUCUUCCACGCAGCUGGCCAUGGUGGAUGAUCAGCGGAGCAAAGCGGGAAGCGUCCACAGCAAAGUGAGCAGCUACCAUGGCAGCCUGCACCGCUCCCGCGAUGGCAGGUACACCCCGUGCAGCUACCGGGGCAUGGAGGAGAGACUACCUCACGGCAGCAUGUCGCGCCUCACCGACCACUCCCGCCACAGCAGCUCCCACCGGCUCAACGAGCAGUCGCGCCCCGGCAGCGUGAGGGACCUCACAAGCAACCCGCUGACUCACAUCACCCACGGCACCAGCAUGAACCGGGUCAUCGAGGAAGACGGAACAAGCGCUUAACUUGUCUGCCCCAUGGGAAACUUGUGCUGUUGAAAAAGCAGGUUUUAUUUUUUGCCUUUGCAUGACUGAUGGCCGUAACUUGCUGUUAUCACGCUCUCAGUCAGGUGCAGAUUGUCCACUGGAAAAGUAAAAUCUUGUCUUUUCUAUCGCAUCACACUGGGGCACCGAGGCAUUCACAAUGCCGCCAAUUAAUGUCAUCGCGCCAACACUUAUUUCUAGGUUAUAAAGAGAUUACUUAUUUGUCUGGUAAGCAUUUUUAUAAAUCUACUUAUUUUAUAUUUAGAAAACUCCCAAGCGUGUGGUGACUGCUUUGUAGUGAACUUUCAUAUUCCGAACUAGUCGUGAGAGAACGUUCUGGUAGUUCUGUGAAUAAAACAAGAAUUUCAGAAUUAAAUUUUCUAUGCAAGAUUGACUUCUCAGAUUAAUAGCAGGACUUUGUAGUUUUCUUUCCAAUAAGUGAAAAAGAACUGUGUUUUUAAACCAUAGGAGAGUUUGAUAAAUCAGCAAGGGUAUUUUAGCUACUAGGAUAUGACUGCAACUGAAGAAUCUAAUCAGUGUACUGAAGGCUUUCUCGAAAUUCUGUCAAAACAGUCUUUAUCCAGGGAGAUGCAGAAUGAGGACCAGCAAUGGAAUGAAGGCAGAGAUGGGCAUUUUCCCCGAGAAUUGUCCUAAUCUAUUAUUUUUGUAAAUAUUACUUUUAUUGGCUGUGUUCUUACAACAUCCAUAUGCAUGAUGGAAAAAAAUUUAAUUUAUAGCCAUCUUUUAUCCCAUGUGGAAAUUUUGAUUCCUAUUCAGAUCUGUUCUUGGAGGCAUGUAAUAAUAUAAACAUCACGCAUUAAGGGGCUUUUGGUGGUAGCAACAGUUACAAAAUGGCAGAAUGUUCUCUCGGUAUUUAUGGUUGUACUUUUCUGCAGUGAAAUGUGAUCUUGCCGAAGCCACCAGGCCAUACCCAGGCCCGACUAUCAGUGAGUUGAUUGUCUGCACUUGCAUUGUCAGCAGUAGCAUUGAGGCUACAGUUUUUGUCCUAUCCUUUAUUUUCAGAUUCUGGAUCAUUCCUGUUUAUAGCUGAUCUAUAUAUACAUAAUCUGAGUCCAAAGCAGUGAUGAAUCUGGGGUAUUUGAAAAUCACUGUAGCUAAAUGAAGCAUGAGUAGUUUUGCUGUGAAGUAUCUUUUAACCUUAAAAACUAUUAACUCAAAAAUGUUUGACAUUUUUGUCGUAUAGUGUUUAAAUAAUUUAUGAUAAACUGUGAAUUUUAUCAGGCAUGAAAUUUAUCCAAAGGGAAAGAAAGAUUUUGGAAAAUGCUCGACGUUUUCUAUAGAAAACCAUAUUUAAACAGGUGAUCCUCAGCCAUAACUACAGAUAAGAAUCUUGUGGGGAACUGUAUUUCCAGCUCCUUCCUGUCAUUGAGAUGAUAAUUGAGAGUUCUUUUGUUUUUCUUUAAGUUUUCAAGAUGAUUCUAAUCACAGCCAGGCUUGAAACCUACUAUUUAAACCUUAAACUGACUUGCCCUUGAGGACCAUCCGGAUGCCAUCGUAUUGUACCAAGUGGGAAAGCUAGUUGGAUUCAGCAUUAUGCUUUUAUAUCGUUACCUGAUACACAGUAGUUCUCCACUUUAUUUGCCAUAAUAAAACGUGGAAUUCUGGGCCCCUCUCCUAAGAGAUUCUUCUUCAGUUAAUAGAAGGUGGUGUGACUUUCAAAGCUGUACUUCUAAAAAUACCAUAGAUGAUUCUUAGACUCAAAGUCCAAGAAUCACGUUUUGAAGAAAUGUUCCGGACUCUAAAGAGACCUGGCUAUGCCAUGUGCUAGUUUUCAACCUUUAAUAAGUCAGCCUCUCUGAACCUCAGACCUCCUGUUUGUAAGUGAAGACAGAAGAUAAAUACCUACCUCAAAGUUGUCAACUAGGGAUCAAAUGAAAAAUCCUAUGAAAGCUCUUUGAAAACUUGGAAACACGAUGAAAUAGAAGGAAUUAAGCUUAUAGAGGAUUUAAGAGAUGUUUGAGGGUUACUAUAGGACCUUCCUAGAUAUGCUUAUUUCAGGUGUACUUUUCUUUCAUUUUCUAAGACAAAAAAGUACCCAGACUCAGGUGUUGAAAAGGAGCUUUCAUCAGGCACAAAAGCCAGGUUUCUGAUAAUGAUAAGUUGUUUGUAUAUCAUAUUGUCUCUUCCAAAGCAUAUGUAUCUUAGUAUUUGCUAUUGACCAAUUUGCAUCAGAUAUAUUUUGGCCCCAAGUGUUUUUCUUUUUCCUGUCUUCAUUGUCUUUCUCCUUGGAAAUGGAGUUAGUGCUCAAGACAGGCAGACUCUGAAUUAAUUCCCUCAUAACUGAUGGUUAGCAAACCUUUCUCUGAAGCCAGAUUUAUAAUGACUUAGUUAUAAAUAAAUCGGUUACUCAUGAGACUUUUGUCUGAGAAUCUCUCCUGAGAACAGCCUGAGAGGACCCAAACAAACAUUCAGAAAUAAAAAUAAGAAGUUAAAAUAGAAGGUACCAGUUUGAGCUCAAAGAUGUUGUCAGGCAUCACCAUCUGCAUUCUAUCAGCAAUUGCCAACAUGUUAGUCGGUUUCCUUGUACAAGUGGGCCAAGUAGAGACAGCUCAGUAAACAUCGAUAUGGAACUCUUGUGCUUCCUGAUUUGGAUAUAUUCCUUUGUUUCUUCUCUAUUAAACUACUAUCAUUAUUGACUUACAUACAAAUGCUAUAUUGACCUUUCCGUUUCUUUCGGUAUUUUGCUUUUUGCUCCACAAAAUUUAUUAUUUUAAUGAAUA